GGAAGAGAGUAGCGGAAAGUGAGGAACGUUCGGACAACGUGAGUCACAGAUCAUGGCUCUGAAUAAGUCUAUGCACCCCAGGAACCGCUACAAAGACAAACCCCCAGACUUUGCCCAUCUGGCUGCCAAAUAUCCAGACUUCCAGCAGCAUGUCCACACCAGCCUCACCGGGAGACCUGUGGUGAAUUUCAAAGAGCCGGAGGCGGUGCGAGCGCUGACCUGCACCCUACUGAAAGAGGACUUUGGUUUGACCAUUGAGAUCCCUCUGGAGCGCCUCAUACCCACCGUCCCUCUGCGCCUCAACUACAUCCACUGGGUGGAGGACCUCAUCGACGGCCAGAAACAACCACGCAGGGGCAUCGACAUCGGCACGGGGGCGUCUUGUAUCUACCCCCUGCUGGGAGCCACAAUGAACGGCUGGUACUUUCUCGCCACUGAGGUUGAUGACAUCUGCUUUGACUACGCUACGAAAAACGUGGAGCAGAACAACCUGUCUGACCUCAUUAAAGUCGUCAAAGUUCCCCAGAAGACUUUACUGAUGGACGCCUUGAAAGAAGAGACAGAGAUCGUGUAUGACUUCUGCAUGUGCAACCCUCCUUUCUUUGCCAACCAGCUAGAAGCUAAGGGAGUCAACUCCAGGAACUCACGGAGACCUCCUCCCAGCUCAGUGAACACAGGCGGGGUGACGGAGAUCAUGGCGGAAGGUGGUGAACUGGAGUUUGUCAAGAGGAUCAUUCAUGACAGCCUGCAGCUCAAGAAGCGCUUGCGGUGGUAUAGCUGCAUGUUGGGGAAGAAAUGCAGCCUGGCACCUUUGAAAGAGGAGCUGAGGAAGCAAGGGGUGCCCAAAGUGACCCACACAGAGUUCUACCAGGGACGGACCAUGCGGUGGGCGCUGGCCUGGAGUUUCUAUGAUGAUGUCAUUGUUCCGUCUCCUCCCAAUAAGAAGCGUAAACUGGAGAAAGCUCGGAAACCUCUGUCGUUCACACUUCCACAAGCCGGGCUGAAGGAGCUCCAGGCGAGGGCCUCCGCCAUCAACGGCUCCGCCCGUAACCCUGUGGACAGCGUCACUGUUCUGGUGGAGAAGAAUCUCACUGAUCUGCGGGUGCUGUACAAACAUGUCCCAUGCAGAAAGCAACAGCAGAGCCUCUUUGUGACGGCUGUGGAGAACACGUGGAUCCACGGUCGGCAGAAACGGCGUGAACACAAACGUCAGUUGCGAGAGCUGCCCAGAGCGCCUCACUGCGUUGCUUCCAGCUCUCAAAGCGCUGCGGCCACAGCUGUUCUUGCCACAAACCCAUCCUCUCAAAACCAGCUGUCACCCACACAAAACACCCAGGAUGAUGACGCCGAAGACAAAACCGCAGAGGAGAGCAACGGGGCCUCUUCAAAUGAGAUGGGCUUACUCGGAGAAGAGAAAGAGGAAGACGCAACGGGUGACAACAUGGACAUGCAGUCUUCCACCUGCACAGAAGAUGCAGCGAGUGAACCACCCUCAAAGCGACCCCUGAGCCCGAGUGCAGUUGAACACUUCCUGUUUAAGUGUCUGCUGAAUGUGAUGCUCGAGGAGAGUGACGUGGUGGUUGAGAUGCACUGGGUAGAGGGUCAGAACAAAGACCUGAUGAACCAACUGUGCACUUACCUGAAGAACGCACUUUUGAAGUCUGUCGCAAAGUCCUGAAUGGUAAAAAUAAGAAUUCUUGAAAAUAUUAUUUUUAGUGAUUUAGUAUCAAGUUCCUGUAUGUUUAAGGUUUUUUUUGUAAAGUUACAAUGAUCAUACUUUACUUAACAACAUGAAACUUUUAAGAUUAUAAGAAAUGGUCGAAUUCACUGUGACUCCUGACGGUUAUACCAGUUAUUAUGUAUUAAUGGAGUCUAACGGAUCUAAUUUUCCUGUACUUGUCAGUGAACCUGUACAUUUUUGUUCUCAAAAACUGUCAACAUUUUGAAUAAAUGUUCUUUUUAAUAACAUGUCUGCUGUUUUGUUGUGCAUCUUUAUUCAUAAUCAAACAUUUUUGAUAUUUUGAGAUUUUUGAGGAUGCAGUACCUUGAAAUGGCCACUAGAUGACAAAGAUGUAUGCAUUUUUUUAAUUAAUAAAGCUAUUCCUGUUAUGAUCUUCUAUAUUAAGAUAAAAUUUAAUCUGAGCCUUAUUAGAUGUUAUGAAUAGCCUUUACUUGACAGUUGAUCUCAAAGUGGUUUGAUUAAACAUACCGUGUGUAAUCCAGGAUGUUCCUGGAGCCCCUCAGUCGUCCCUGUGCCUGGAGAGGCUUCAGCAUCAUUAGAGGCUAUUAUUACUGUGUUACAGCUGACAUAUUUCCUGAGUAGAGCUCAGUGAAUAGCAGGAAGGGACCCCUGAAUAUCCAGGGUCAUGUCUAUGCACAUGCACAUCCAUUGUUUUUGUGAGCGUGUG